GCGAGGAAACCCGGCAUGCAAUGGAUCGACAAUCAUUCCUCCAACCCUUCCACUGGAAAAAAAUCCCCCCAGAGAUGAGUCAAGCUCCAAUAAAUAAUUCAAGAGCUGGCGACAGGAUUGCAGGAGCUGUGUGGAGUGUUCGAUGGAGAAUGGCUGUCUGCGCUGCUCUGAGCGUCUCUUCCUGUUUCUCAACAGAGACGGCAUGAGUCACCACGGCUUCUGCGUCCACUCCUGUCCCACUGGACACUUCGGUCUUCGAGGGAAAGAUGUCAAUCGCUGCAUGAAAUGCAAAGCUCCAGAGUGUGAGAGAUGCUUCAACAAAGACUUUUGCACCAAGUGCAAAAAAGAAUAUCUGCUCUUCAAGGGGAAAUGCUUCAAAAGCUGCCCAGAGGGCACAUUUGCCAACUCCACAGACUGCAUUGAAGGAUGUAUGUUCAAUCUCAUUGGCUCCUGGGGUGAAUGGAGCCUUUGCCAACACAACGGUAUGAGCUGUGGAGUCCGAUGGGGGCAACAGAGUAGGACCCGUGGCCUGUCCAGGCAAACGCCUGAAGAGACAGAAACGCUGUGUCCCGCUCAGUCUGAAAGCAGAAAGUGCCGAAUGAAGAAGAGGUGUCCGAAAGACAGAAGAAAGAACGGGAGACGAAACCGAAAGAAGUCAGAGGGGUUUGGGAACCGAACAGUCACAGAUCCUAUAUUGGCGUUAAGUUCCGGGGACGAAGUCACACUGUAAUGUUUUAUUAAUUUAUAUGUAAACUGUUUUUAUAUGCAAUGUUUAUAUUUUUGUAUUGAUAUAUAUUGUAUCAUUUCAUCAUCUUGAGUUCACUUUAACCAAGCUGACAUGUAACAUUACAUGACUUCAGAAAUAUUGCUUUUGUAGCAAUUAAAUGACACAUUAUAAUGUGUAUUUUGACAAGUUGGGGGGUUUUAGCCAACACUUGGCAUGGAUUAAAUCCGGUACAGUGCGGUUUAACAAAGACAAAGUCAACUUUGGGCCUCGACACUGUACUUUUCAAUUUUAUGAAUAGCAGGCAAACAGCUUCGAUCUAUCACUAUGUGGUAAAGGCUGUAUUUCAGCAGUUUUCUUGACAUGCCUCGGGUUUCUUUUGCCUUACUGUUUUUGCAUUUGAGUAAAAAGACAAUGAAACAAUGUAAAGUUGUCAAAAAGAAUACCAUGGUCUGUCACAUUUAAAGGUAUUCGAGCAAUGUGAUUGGCUGUGUGACCCAACUGGAUACUUCUCGGAUUCUUCAGCGAGAUGAAUUUCAAGAGUAUAAUUCCAUUAUUUUCAUAGACCCUCAAAUGCACCAUUAUACUUUUAUUUGAAACUGAUAACGGUCCCUUUGUGAACAUUGAAAUGUUCUACAUAAUGUUUUAGAUGGAUGGGAAAUUAUUGAUUUGGAUGUGAUUUAUUUGCGUUGAUUUCCACAGCACUCUCUCAGGGUGACAAAUUGUUUUUACUGGAAAACACACAGUUGGACGGAAAUGUUUUCUUAAUCAAUUAAACCCAAAAAGAAAUAUUUGCUUUUGUUUAAUAUGGAGCGUUAUGAAAACGAUACAGAUGAGAAAGGGGUGUUUGGUGUUAUUAAAUGAAGAUGUCAGGUGAUUCGAGAAUAAAAGCUAGUUUUGAGGAUACCAGAUGGUAAAAGUUUCCUCUUCUGAUGCGUCUCAUCUGUGGCGGUUAAAAGCGCUGGACAAAACUUACCGAGACCCUUAAACAUUACUUUGAAGAACAAAAUGUUUGGUUCUUUUCACAGAAAUAUGACCUUAGAAAUUUUCUUUAAAAAAAGAAGGCGCUUAAAAAAAUGUUGUUUGUCCACAUUAAGAGCUACAUAAGGUUUUUUAUUUUCUAAUCAUUUUAGAUAAUGUUUGCAAUGUUUAUAACCCUGUUUGCAAAUGUGUGGUGUGAAAUUCAUAGUAAAAAAGUAAAAAGGAAAAAAACAAAAGAAAGGAAAAGACGAUUUGAGCCUUGUAGUUUUUGACCAGUGGUUUGUAUUUACAGUACUGAUGCACAUAUCCAUAUAAUACAGAAAAUAAUAUUUCUUUGACUAGUUGAGCUUGAUCAAAGCUGAUAAUAGAUUGAGCAUUAGAUAAUACUAUUUUAAGAUACAUACUGUAAUAGUUCUCAUUAAAAAAUGUGGUUGUCUUUCUUGCUUUAAAGACAUAAGGUGGGCACUAAUUUGUAUUAAAAGUGAUUUGGCAUUUUCCGUUGUCUAUUUGAUCCCAAAUGUGAAUAUUUGUUGAAACUUAUGAUAAACCCAGAGAGCUGGAAAAAGGUGGAUGUUUGCCAUCACAUGAUCUGUUAUAUAAUGCAACUCUUAUAAAAGUAUGACUAAUGCAGUUCUCUUAAAAGUAUGACUAAAAGUUAAGUAUGACCUACAAUUUCUUUAUACAAGACUCAUCCAAUGAUUAUAGAAGACUAGAAACAAUUAUUUAAUAGGGUAUGGGUUUAAAAUAAUCAAGCUAUUAAGAAUUGCAUUGUUUCAUUUAACCACCAGAUGGCAGUAUGCUCCUUACUGUAUGCGCAGUAGAUCUUGGACACAUCAUGUGCUACUUCCAGAAAGACACCGGGUUCUGAGGUCAUCCGCUCAGCGCAGGGUCACAAGCCCCCAAUGAAACAUCUCCACAAGCCUUAAACAUCACUGUGGGAGUAGAAAAUAUUCCAAAUACAAUGUGAAGUGACACGUUA